AUGGAUAACAACGGGUACGCGGAUCAAUACCUCUUACCAUUCAUAAAGGUGCAGGACGUGGUGUGCCGUACGAGCGGUGGGACAGAGAAAUGCUAUUACAUAAUAGACAAAGUGGUCAAUGAAGUGGAGGCCAAGACCUACUGCUCAUCACUAGACUCGACGGCCCGUCUAUUGUCCAUACACUCGGCCGAAGAGGCGACCUUUGUAACCGGUCUGCUAAAGGGGCAUGGUAAAUUCCCGGCCGACAUCUGGCUGGGUCUGGAACACGGGGCGGGUGGCUAUUACCGAUGGGUCGACGGCCAGUCCAGUGAUUAUACCAAUUGGAUGCCAGGUUGGGCCACGGCUUUUGAUGAUGAUGAUGGCCAGGGCAGACCCUGGGGUGACUGUAGUCGACUGGCCGUCUCUGAGGACAAGUCCUACGGUUUUUGGUAUACAGAUCGCUGCGAGAAAGGUUUGGCCGUUGUUUGUCAAGUGACAUCGAGUGUUUUAGUUAAUGUUUAAGAUAGUUUGAAAAACUAUAAUGUACAUUAUUGUAUG